CAACUACUAUCCAAGAUGUUGCUUUGUGGAUGGGAUGGCGUCUGGUCCCGUUUGUGUGCGCACUCAUAGCCUCGCCGGAGCACCAACAUUUCCCCUCCGAGUGAUCCUGUAGCACUUCUUGUUCGGAGAAGAUGCAUGUGUCUCUGGCAGAAGCCUUGGAGGUCCGAGGAGGCCCUCUCCAGGAGGAGGAGGUGUGGGCAGUGCUCAGCCAGAGCGCGGAGAGCCUCCAAGAACUCUUUCACAAAGACCCUGCAGCCAUGGGCUUCAUCAUCUCUCCCUGGUCCCUCCUGCUCAUGCCCUCUGGCAACAUCUCAUUCACAGAUGAGUAUGUCACCCAGCAGGACUUAAGAGCCUUCACAGCUCCAGAGGUGCUAGAGGGAGCCUCCCUGACUUCCAUCUCUGACAUAGAGAAGAUGCACAUGUACUCUCUGGGGAUGACCCUGUUCUGGGGAGCAGACUAUGAGAUUCCCCAAAGUCAGCCUAUGAAGUUGGGGGAACACCUGAACAGCCUGCUUCUCAACAUGUGUGAUGAUGUUACAGUGAGUCGAAUGUCGUUGCGCACGGUGCUGGACAUCUGCAGCAAACACAUCAGAAACUCCAGUUGUGACCCUCCCUUCUCUUAUAUCAGGAAACUUGUCCGAUUGGUACUGGGCAGCCUCUCCCAGCUGGACGGUCUGCUGACUGAUAGAGAGUCUCUUCCGGAGCGGAGUAAAGAGAUUCGUGAGAGGCUGAGGGGCAAAGGCUUGCCUUCAGGGAGGAGUGCCGCCCCCAGGGUUUUAGAGCGCUACCGAGCCAGGACUCAGGAGCAGGCGUCUCUCAACAGAGGCCUCAGUCGUUCCAUGGGCUCCCUGCCAAUCCAGGACUUGUUGAAGGGGGAUGAAGGGGCAGCCCUACAGUAUUCCCUAUCUGACUAUCACCACAACUCUGAAUCCCCCACAGAACUCUACCCAAAACCCCCGUCACUCCAGCACCAGCAUUCCUAUCCUUAUCUGCACCCCUUUCACCCCCAGCAAAAGGGCCGGCCCGUGGAACUGGACAGGAGGUCUUUACCCUUCCACAGUGGAGAACUGAGGCCAAGUCAGGCCAGAAAGACCUGGGCCUCCUCUGUGGACUUGGCUUGUAUUGACCCAGAAGCUAUUCGCUUUGGGGCCUUGGAGGAUGCACGGAGAGGCAGCACUGCCUUAAGUACCCACUCCAUAGGAAGGCUCAAAUCGCCCUUGAGGGCAUCCAGGGAGAGGGAUACUCGCUACCCAGAGUUCGGUGGGCUGAAGGGUAGGAAGCCUCAUCACCACUCAGCCCUGUCUGUAGGCUCAGGCCUCCCUGGUGCCUAUGACAGGAUCAAGGAGAGACAGAGGAAACUUCAGGUGCUAAGACAAGCAGUGGAUGACCCAGUCCACACCCACCAGAGAUACCACAGUGAUUACAGUUCAUCCAGUGAAAGCCCCUCAGUGACCUCCUCUGAUCCAGACUACAGACAAGCCAAGAAACCAGGUGAGGUGAGGAGGUACGGCUCCCAGCUGGCACUUCCCUCUGAACAUGAUGCCCUGUCACUGACAAGCCACAACACACAGAGACACAGGCAGUAUGACGGGGCAGCCGAUGAAGGUCUGGCUGGAGCAGAGCUGCUCCUCCAAAAACAAGAGGAGGAGGUACAGCGUCUUCAGGCCCACCUGGCCAGCAGGCUGUCCAGGGCCAACCUUUACCCCAUAGAUGACCCACUGGCCCCAUCUCGCACUUCCAUGCUUGACCUUGGAGACCCACUCUACCCUUCCUCUGUACCACUUCGCAAACCCAAGAACUUCCAUGGGCCUGAGUUUGUGAAGAUGGCCAGCGAGCCCUGUGUGACCUUGUCUGUUCCCUCUUCAAUCAUGAAACGUGGAAAGGUAGAGGAAGUGCAGAGGAAGGUGGGCGUGGUGCUGCUGAACGGCCAAAAGCUGGAGCUGAGCUGUGACAUCAAGGCAGUGUGUAAAGACGUUCUUGAUAUGGUGGUUGCUCACAUCGGGCUUGUGGAGCACCAUCUCUUCGGCCUAGCGUACCUCAGAGAUAAUGAGUUUUUCUUCGUUGAGGCUGAUGCCAAACUGUCCAAAGUGGCUCCAGAGGGAUGGAAGGAGGAUCCCAAGAAGAAGAAAUCUGACGUGCCUUUUAACCUUUUCUUACGCAUCAAAUUCUUCCUUGAUGAUGUCAACCUCAUACAGCAUACUUUGACCAAACAUCAGUACUACCUGCAGCUGAGGAAGGAUGUCUUGGAGGAGAGGAUGCGCUGCAACACAGAAGAUGCCAUGCUGUUGGCUUCUCUAGCACUGCAAGCUGAAUUCAGCGACUACCAACCUGAGCUUCAUGGGAAGACAUAUUUCAGACUGGAGCACUAUCUGCCAGUGUCAGUCCUGGAUAAGGUGGACCAGACGACUAUCAAGGAGGAGCUGCCUAAACUUCACAGCAACUACUAUGGAGCGUCUGAGUCAGAGGCAGAGUUUGAGUUCCUCAAGGUGAGCCAAAGGCUGACAGAAUAUGGGGUUCAUUUCCAUCGAGUGCUUCCUGAGAAGAGGUCCCAGACAGGCAUCAUGCUGGGUGUCUACGCCAAGGGUGUGCUCAUCUUUGAGGUGCUUAAUGGAAAUCGCACGCCGGUUCUGAGGUUCCCCUGGAGGGACACUAAGAAGAUUUCCUUUACAAAAAAGAAGAUAUGCCUUCAGAACACAUCAGAUGGGAUUAAGCACCUGUUUCAGACAGACAGCAAUAAGACGUGUCAGUACCUGCUACAGCUCUGCUCCGAUCAGCACAAGUUCCACCUGCAGAUGAAGGCCCGCCAAAACAACCAGGAGCUGCAGGACUUAGAGAACUGCCCCCUGAGCAAUUUGCAGUAUUCCCUUGACCCUCGGAGUGGAGACGCAGUGGGGAGGACAGUGAGUUCAGGCAGCCUGGCGCCCAGCUUAUCGACACGCUCCAACCCAGACCACCUGAAGAGGAUCUCCUACUCGGAGGUGGCCCUCAACAAGGCACCGUCCGGCCCACUAUUAGUCCAAGAUGAGCUUCACUUUCCAGGUUUCAAUCCAGCGGCCUCCAUGGUCCACUCCAAUCCCCGCAUAAUGAGCUGCUCCCACCACAACCUCGCACAGAUGCCAGAGUCUCCGGGGCACCGCGUGGCAGAGUCGUACCGUGGACAGUCACAAAGCGGACUGAGCCAGGCGCGAGCCAGCUCAGACACGGACUCCCUCUCACACCAACAGGACAAAUCAUUUGGCUCGGUGUCUCACAGCAGCCCAGCCUGGAGCCGCAGUAGGUCCAAAAAAGAAUCAGACACGUCUUCCAUAGAGGAUACUGGCCAGGCAUAUGUAGUAGGGGUCAGUAUGCACAGCUCUGGACCACCGUCUACCCCAGCCUCUGUUAAUGGUGUUGUCUCUUUUUGUUACACAGAUUCACUAAAGAAAAGGCUAAAUGCCUUACCUUCUCCAGAGAGAGAAAUCACAACUGUAAACCUGAAGAAAGAUGUGAAAUAUGGCCUGGGGUUCCAGGUUGUCGGAGGGGAGAGCUCUGGUCGUAUGGACCUCGGCACCAUCAUUAGCUCCAUCACUCCUGGGGGUCCUGCUGAUGUCAAUGGCUCUCUCAAACCUGGUGAUCGCCUGAUCUCUGUGAAUGAUGUAAAGCUGGAAGGGCUCUCUCAUGCCACCACUGUUGACAUCCUCCAAAAUGCUCCAGAUGACAUUACUCUGGUGGUGUCACAGCCCAAAGAGAGGCUCUACAAAGAAUCUUCAACAGGCUAUGUUCCCUACCAGGCAAAGUCUUCAUUGAAGGUACAUAACUCUGGCCAAAGACGGGAACUAGACUUUGAUACCUCUUCAGAGGAGCAUGUAGGAACAGGAAGCCCCAGCCCUCCUCUUCCCAGCACUGGCACACCGUCAUCCACCUCCUCCCCAGUCCACCAGAAUGCCAGCCUCAGCUCUCAGGACUCCAGGACAAGCAGUGCUGCUAGAUUAAGCCAACCCCCUGCUAAUGGAGUUCAGCAGUGUCUCGAGAGAGCCACAGCCACCAACACAGCUGCGCCUGUUGCCCAACAUCAUAGACCAGAACCUAGUGUGGGUUUGGAUCCCACGCCGCCAGCUUUGCCACCCAAAACUCGGAAAGCUAAAGUCACCGAACCUCCCAAAGUUUCUGAGCAUUCAGACUGGGGUGAUUCAGACAUGGAUGAGGAGACUUAUUCCAGUGGUCAAGAGAAACUCAAGGCCAAAAAGGAGUACACCAUGGAAAAUUUAAAUGGUAAUGCCCCAGGGGUCAAUAGUCUCCGUCCAGGAGAACUAUUUGACGUUGAGCUGUCCAAAAAAGACAGCAGCCUGGGCAUAAGUGUCACGGGGGGAGUCAACACAACCGUUCGUCAUGGAGGCAUCUAUGUUAAAGCCAUCAUACCAAAAGGAGCUGCUGAGCUGGAUGGAAGGAUACAGAAAGGGGAUCGUGUGGUGGCCGUCAAUGGAAAGAGCCUGGAGGGCGCCACUCAUCAGCAAGCAGUGGAUGUUCUCAGAGACACUGGGCAGACAGUGCACUUGUUGCUGGAGAAGGGUCAUCCGCCUGCAGACAGUGUCCACGCUCCCCUCACACCUCAGAGCACCCCGCCGUGUGCUGACAGGGACCAAAAACAGAUGAAGAGCAAAGAGCAGCCACUUCAGGUCAAAGACAAACCAGAGUACAGCUUUCUAACAAAAGAUAAUGUGUUUGAGGUGUGUCUACUGAAGAACACAUCAGGGCUGGGCUUCAGUUUCAGUCGAGAGGAGAACAUCCCUGAUGAGCCCCACGGAUCCAGCAUGGUGCGAGUUAAAAAACUAUUUCCUGGCCAACCAGCAGCAGAGAGCGGUCGCAUCAACGUGGGUGACGUCAUCCUGCGGGUCAAUCAGACCUCCCUCAAAGGACUCUCGCAACAUGAGGUGAUAUCAGCCUUGCGAGGAACAGGACAGGAGGUGACUUUGCUCCUCUGUAGACCUGAACAUGGCAUUCUUCCUGAGAUGGACGCUACAGCUUUGACACCCAUGUCAUCGCCCAGAAAGGAGCCAGUGACCCAGGCAGAGACUGGCAAGAAGAGUCAGGGCGCAGUGGAGGAUGCCCUGGAGAGGCUGCUUCUCAAAACCCCCGGCCGACACAACAGCUACAGCGACAGUACUGAUGGAGAUGAGGAGGUUGAGGAAGCCUUCAGCCCCAGCACCUUGGAGCACAGCAGACAGAACUGGGAGCGGAGUGUCUACCAGACCCCCAGUAGCAACCUGGGACUGGGACGCUAUGACAGCACCGGUCAGCUGGACGACACCAUGAACUUAGCCUUCUACUCCCCGAACCUGUCGAUGACAAGAUCGGACCUCAGCAAGAGGUGUCCUUCAUCCCCCAUGAAUCUGGAAACAUCCCCUCUGCCUAUGGUGUCUUCCCACACUGCCCCGAGCCCAGACCCCCUGCCUCCUCCUCUGCCUCUGCCCUUAAACCUCACCAUGUCUGGCAACGGACAGGAUAUAGAGGAACUUGUCCCGGAAGUAGAGCUAAAGAUCUCCUUAUUGAAGUCUGAAAAAGGCAGCCUUGGCUUCACCCUCACCAAAGGUAAUGAUCAUGGAUGUUACAUCCAUGACAUCGUCCAGGAUCCAGCCAAAGGAGAUGGAAGGCUCAGGCCCGGAGACAGAAUGAUCAUGGUGAACAGCACAGAUGUGACCAAUAUGGGCCACACCGAGGUAGUCAAUCUUGUGCGAGCGGCCCCCCGGAUGGUUGACUUGGUGGUAGGGAGGGUCCUGGAGGCUCCCAAGCCCUCCAUAGAAGCCCACCUGCUACCUGACAUCUCUUUCAAGGGCAACCAAGAACCACUGGGUUUGUUGUUGGACGGUGGUAGUGACAGCAUGUAUGGAGUCUUGUUCGUGAAAGACAUCCUGCCAGAAUCACUGGCCUCUGAGGAAGGCAGUCUGAAACCACUUGACCUAAUCCACUACAUCAAUGGCGCUCCCACUCAGGAACUUACCCUCAGUGAGAACACCCGACUCCUGGAGCUCUCCCUCGACGACCUGACUCUCAAGGCCACAAGGGACGGGAAGCCGGUUUUUCCGGGACAGAAAAGUGUCUCUUUUCUUAACAACAACAUUAGCCCCAAGGUUUCAUCCAGCAUCAAUGGGUUUCUUAAAGGAGAUGAUUCAAGAGGUACAGAGUGUCUUGCAGCACUUUGUCCUUUAGAGGAGGAGAUCAUAGAGCUGGAUCUAGAGAAGCCCCAGUCAGGGGGCCUGGGUUUCUCAGUGAUUGGAGGGGAGAGGGGCAUCUUUGUCAAGUCUAUAACACCAAGAGGAAUAGCAGAGUCCACAGGCAAGCUGCAAGUGGGAGACAGGCUAUUGAAAGUGAACGAAGAACUAAUGACGGGCGUGUCCCACACCAAAGCUGUCACCACCAUCCGUAAAGCUAAAGGCCUGGUACACCUUAUAGUGUCCAGACCCCCAGACCAGAACCCCAGCACAUACCUGGCCUAUCUGCCCAUCAACACUGACAAGUGCAAUGGGAACACAGAUCUGAGUGAGGACAGUGGAGUGAAGACUAAGCUGAAUGAUGAGCAGAAGUCUGGCAGCUUCCCUUUCAUACCACCAAUAGACUAUGAAGACGGUCCACUGGAGCAGCAAAGAGAGACGGAGCAGAGCGCAGAGCUCUCAGAGGACACAGACUGUGAUGGCUCUUCUUUACCCGAAGACUCCCCUGAGAGUUCUCGGAAAGUGGAAUGGCAGGAAGAGAAUGUGGAUGAUCCCAGAAAUGAAAAUUAUCUGCAAAUGAGCGCCGGACAGCCAGAGGAGGAUGAAAUCACAUGGGGAAGUGAUGAACUGCCUAUUGAAAACAUGAACUCCAAAUCAAGAGAUGAUGGGCCAAUCAUCACAGAGGAUGAGCUGACCUCUUUGCCCCUCGUCAAGGUGGUCCCUGAUGGCCAGUACACAGGACCGAAGCUUAACACCGUGGUACGCAUGAUGAGGGGGCUUCUGGAGCAGAAAGUCCCUCUGCAGGAGUUUGAAAAUCUACAAAAUCUCCAGCCGCUGGACGACUGUUUAAUAGGUCAGACAAAGGAGAACAAGAAGAAGAACCGCUACAAGAAUAUUGUUCCCUUUGACACAACUCGAGUGGUGCUUGGCAAAGACGGAGGCUACAUCAAUGCCAACUUCAUCAAGAUGUCAGUGAAGGAUGAGAACUUCAUGUACAUCGCCUGUCAGGGACCUUUACCGACCACUCUGGGUGACUUCUGGCAAAUGGUCUGGGAGCAGAAGUCUAAUGUGAUCGCCAUGAUGACACAGGAAGUGGAGGGAGGCAAAGUGAAAUGUCAGCGGUACUGGCCAGACACACCGAAGACAGCAGAGAUGGUGGAUGACAGGUUACAGAUCACGCUGAUUAAAGACCAGUAUCUGGACAACUUUGUCAUCCGACUCAUCGAGGUCAAAGACGUACAGACCAAUGAAAUCCAACAUGUAACUCAUCUGAAUUAUACGGGAUGGCCUGACCAUGGGACGCCCACACAGCCAGAACAGCUGCUUACAUUCAUUUCCUAUAUGAGGCACGUUCAUCGAUCAGGACCUAUAAUCACACACUGCAGUGCAGGCAUCGGUCGUUCAGGAACCCUCAUCUGUAUAGACGUGGUUCUGGGUCUUAUCAGUAAAGAUGCUGAUUUUGAUAUUUCAGAUGUCGUAAGAAACAUGAGACUUCAGAGACAGGGAAUGGUCCAGACGGAGGAUCAAUAUAUUUUCUGCUAUCAAGUGAUCCUCUACGUCCUCAGAUGCCUUCAAGCAGAGGAGAACAUCUCGGGAUAGUAGAAACCACAUAUCGCGUUCACGUAGAGGCUGGAUGACUGUUUCAAAAAGAGCAAAACAAAUGGAGGAGAGUUGACAGGCAGAACUUGCCAAAUUACUCUAAUAUGUUUUUAUGCCUUAAAUAUUCAGCUCCUUCAGAGUAAAUCAUUUUAAAGAAGUCUAUAUUUUUAUUGUUUGCUUUUUUGAGUUCACUUUCUUUGGCUGCUACUCGCUUUUAAUGCAUUCAUGAGAACUGCUGAUUGUAUUUCUUAUUGUCACCUACAAGAGAACACUAAUGUUUUAUUUUCCAGAUUCUUGGAUAUUUUAAAAUUAUUAUGAAAUGAUCAAUGAUUUCAUAUUUUAUGUGGAACAAAAUUGUACUUGUCUAUUUUGAAUCUUGUUUUGAUGCUGGAACAUGCCUUGACAGAAUACUAUGUCAGUAUUUGCUUUGUAAAUCUAUUAUACAGUAAUUGCUCACUGCCUGAGGUAAAUGAAAUUAAAAGUGUACAUAUUCAUCUCCU